AGACUGGAGAAGGAGAACAUCAUCAUUCCGCUGUAGCCUCGGCUUUGUACUGAGCUUCACAUAUCGGGAAAUAUUUUCUCCAUUUACAGCUACAGCUGACAGAAGAGACCAAGGGGGUACGAAGGGCUUGUUCCAUCAAAGCCUGAGGAAGUCGAUCUACGGCUUCUAGAGCACCGUGCGCCGAGGUGAAUUCAUGUUCAACUCGGUUCCACGACAAAACAACGCUCUCUGGCACAUGAAAACCUCAGAUCUUGCUGGACAUACAUGUGCAGCGAGAAGUAGAUCAACUACUUCGAGGACCUGGAGCCCAAUUGGCGAGGAGAAAUUAAAAAGUGAAAAGAACCACGCACUCAACUUUUUUACAACAGAGAGGUGACAUCCAGUCAAAGUAUAAUGGGAGGUGGUGAGAGAUACAACAUUCCAGAUCGCCCAGCGCCCAAGAAGAGCCAGCCGGUUAGCAGGGGCAAACAGAGAAGUAGAGACCAGAAUGGAGUGAUGCAUUCCGCCUCCUCAGGAGCCUUAGGGGUGCCCCAUCACCUUCGCAGGGGUGAGAAGGGCACCAGCUAUUCUUGGUCUCCUGAGGCGCGGCAGGCCGUGUCUGUAGACAAGAAGAAUGGCUCUGUUCGUUUUGCCACACCAUACGAUCAGAAUUGGGAGUCCCAUCUGAACAAACUUUUAUCAGCUCAGUGUGGUCAGAACUAUGCCGGAGCCAAGUUUAGUGAGCCCCCAUCCCCAAGUGUGCUGCCCAAGCCCCCUAGCCACUGGGUGUCUCUUCCCAUGGGCGAUCAUCGUGAGAUGAUGACCUUUCAGUUAAAGAGCCUCCUGAAGGUUCAGGCCUAACAAGGUCUCUCACUGCUGCUCUCUUAAGCCAAUACGUGAUAAAGGCUCCACUUUGGCCUUUUGCCCUCUCCUUGAAUGCCCCAGUUGCGUAAUAUAUUUUACAGCUAUUUUUAGAUCUGCAUCUUAAUAAGGUGAUGAUCAUUUGGUAGACAGAUGUUCCUCCUAAUGUCCUUCAUCUAACUUAUUUUUUUAAACAAAGAAACUAGUUAUUACGCUGUUGUGGUCUUAAGAAGUGGUCAAGAAGUCUUUGUGGAGCCAUAUGCCAUGACAAACGAUGAACUGGAUGUCCUCCUUAACUCAUUGCUCUGUUAUGCUCCUGUUUUGUUUUGUUCUUUUUUUGAUGGCUGUUUGUGACAGUCAGAUUUUUUUUUUUCUCCGCUAGACCUAGAAAUAGACGUCAAGACAACUUGCGCAUUGUUUUUACUUUCCGAUAUAUCUCGCAUUUUAUUUUUCUUGCUUGCUGAGGUUUGAUGCUCACUCUCGGCUUGAGUUUUAAUCAAGCUGGGAGUGCCAGAAACUUCUUGGUGCUAAGCACAGCAGCAUCUGUAGCGUAAUAGCGCAUACUGCAUUUCCGGGUAUCUCUUUUUGUUUUGCUUUUUGGGAAGUAAAAGCCACUCGACUUUGUUCUGCAGGGAGACCUAAGCAAACAGAACAUGAAGGGGUACAAGCUUAAGUGAAAAGGUCAGAUGACUAACCUCAAGCUUAAUGAGGUGGCACAAUGGACCUUGUGCUUUCAACACCUGUACUUUUUUAAUGGCGCUGUGCGCAUUGCACUAUAGGUGUUGAAUUCACUAUGGUUCUCAAGCUCUAUUGCAGCGUUAAACUUUUUGCAUCCCUUAUGUUAUAGCUUAGAAAACUAAGUGUGAUUUUUAAUGUUUACCAAAGCGACGUAAUCAGCUAAUUUUUUGUUGGAAGUCCCCAUCUUGCUUGACCAGAUCUGGUUACAAGUGCCAUAAAUCAUUGGGUAAGGCAUAAGCGUAUAUCAAGGUUUUGGUUGACGAAUCAUUUUUUUUAAACCUUCGCUGUACUUUUGGAAUGAUCACAGGGCAAUUAUGCGGAGGAGGGUUAUGACGCGAGACUGUAGGAUGUACGUUUUCUCUGAUCUCGUCUCAUAGCCUUGUUUGCUCUGUGAUGCAUUUUGAUUUCCCAAGCAUUAAGUUAUGAAAUGUGUGUAUUAUGGCACGGGGGAACUGAGAAAUUGGGCGCAGGUCCAGUGUGGACAUGUUUACAUGGUUUGUUUUAAAAGAAGGCAGACUGCUGGCAUUUUACACACAUACACUGCCCUUUCUCACUUGUUGUUAUUCUUGCACUGAUGUUCAUUUGUGUUCAAACGUUUCAGACAAUGUUGCUCUUUCGACUGUGGAUAUGUGAUGAAGCACCCCUUCCCACUUAGUUAUGAGUGUGGUGGAAAACUACCUCUCUUGCAGAACGUGAUGUUAAUAGCUAUCUUAAAGACGACAAAACAAAGCUGAUGUGUGUAAUGGAGCCAUGUAAAUAAUGAAAUGUAUAAAAUGUUGUAGCAUAUUGUACAUUUGUGCAGGAACAUUUGAAACCUGCAGAUAAAGUAUUUUUUAGUAAUAACACUGAAUGUAAAAGUCAUGCUAUGGACAUGGCUUGUUUUCAAAUGCUGAAGAAAAAUAUUUUGUUAAGAAAAAAAAAAAGAAAAUGUUGCCUAUAGUGCGUCAGAACCCCUGCACUGUGCGGUUUGUUGCCAGUGAUCUUGCACAUGAUUUUUAUUUUGUAUAAUGCACCGUGUAUGGGGCAGAACAAGCUUUAAGUGCAAGUAAAAAAAAAGGAAAAAGAUUUGAAAUCGAAAGGGACUUUUAUACAUUUUCGUUUUUUAAGUUGUCUAUGCAAAUAGAAAAGUUUUUAUUUAUUUUUGUUAUGUUAUAACAGUUAUUAUUUUGCCCUUUAUACAGAGUCCAUAAAGCAGUGUUGCAUUUGCAUUGAAUCAUUGGUCUUUCCUCCGCAGGCCAGUGUUUAAAGCAAAUGAAUGCUGCGUGUUACUUCCGGAAAUGGCGGAUAACAUUUUUUAGCCUUUUUAAAAUGAAACAAAAAGACAUGUCUAUUUUAAAUGAAAUGUGUAAAAGUCCUUUUCCUAAAUUUGUGUCCUGAACAAUUGGCUUUGAAUUUAUCCCAACCUUGAAAAUGUCACUUGAAAAGAAAACUGAGAGCCCUGAAACAAUUGGUAUGUACUAAAAGAUUGUGUAAUUUGGUUAUCAAAAAAAAAUAAAAUUCCUUCCCUUCCCCCCA